UGAGUGUGGGAGUGCAGUGGGACAUCUGACUUCAUUUAGUCAACACGAGAGCACGGUCGGUCGUUCCGUCGUCAGAAUAUUUAAAACAGUGUCGAUGUUGAAUUCUGACACGAACAAGGUACGUCAGUGAUCAAUCCGGCCCAUUUGGAUUACGAGCAGUCUUUUUCGAGCCUGGGUUAAGACAUUCUGUGGCAAAGCAAAAACCUCGACUAAGUUUGUGAUUUUUGUGUAUACGAUAUACCGCCAGUGGGUGUGGGAACAAGAUGUCCCCAGGCAUUCCCCAAGACUCCAGUCUGCUCGAACUACACGCCGACACUGUGUUGCGUGCUCGGUGGGAUGGCCGCGACGUGGACCAUAAGGCAGUGGGUGGACACCUGCCUCUCAGCAAGAGGAGCUCCACACCUGCAGGAGCCUCUCUGGCUGUAUCCUCAGCCCAACUUCUACAUGCCCACGCCAAAGCCAGCCUCACACCCAUAGAAUUGCCCAACAUGCACCGCCGACUGGAUCGUUCUCAGUCUGAGCCCAGCAAAGGAGGGGAAGGACGCCAGGCCAACUCCUCGCGCUAUAAGACUGAACUCUGCCGACCCUUUGAAGAGAAUGGUUUCUGCAAGUAUGGCGAUAAGUGCCAAUUUGCUCAUGGUCAUGCUGAGCUACGUACACUUUCCCGUCACCCCAAGUACAAGACAGAGCUGUGUCGCACUUUCCAUACCAGUGGCUUCUGUCCCUAUGGCCCUCGUUGUCAUUUUAUCCACAAUGCUGAAGAGAGACGAGGGUCAUCAGCUGGAUCUGCCUCUCAUCCACCACUCUCACCUAAAACCUCUCUCACCAAUGCUCACACACCACUCUCCCGACCUCAAAUGCUACAGAUGGGAUCACCUAUGGUUCCACUGGGUUCUGCUGCUGAGUCACCCUCCCCUCCAGCUUCACUGCAUGGCUCUCCCACUUCCUCGGGUGGAUCCUUCUUUGAUGAUGCCUUCACCCUUUUUCCUGGUGGAUGUGGUCUGGCUGGUGCCAAGGGCUUUUUGGAUGGCCUGUCAGUUGGACUGAGCUCUGGGCUGAGUGGAGGGCCUGGAUCUCCUGGAGGUUCAUCCUGUGGAGGCCGUGCCCUCGGUGAACUGGAUCUGGUCCGGGAAGGAAAUUUUUUCUCGCUGGCACUAAUAGAUACUCCACCAGUCAGUCCCGUUGAGUCUCUGGCUGGUGACCUAGACUCCCUCUCAAUCUCCUCCUCUCACUCAGCCUCUCCUACCCCAGUGACGAGCGCCCUCGACAUCUCACGCUCGCUCCGUCUUCCCAUCUUUGAGCAGCUGUGUGAGCAAGACUAAACAGCCAGUGCUGGCCCAGUGGCCGUGACAGCUCAAUUUGUGAUAGUGGCGGCCACAGGGAGCAUCAGUGGGUGACUGUUAGUAGUAUAGAAGUGGCUGUAGGCAACACUCCAGCACCCUCACUAGUGUUCCCGAGCCCAGGAACCUCCGGAGAUCUGGGCCUAGUCUUAUUUAAACACCUAGUGAGGUCUUGCAGGUUGGCUGCCCUCAGUCAUGAAAUCAGCAAUGAGAAAAGGUAUCCACAGUGUGAUAAUGUGACACAGUUGCCCACUUCCCAUACCUUGUAUAGCAUGGAGUAUAUAUGCCCCUCACCCGGUACCUACAUGCCCACCUCCACCCAUGUACUGCUUGUGAUAUUGGGGCGUCCAUGGUGGCGCCCACAACCUUAGAGUUUAUAAAGGGCUGGUGUGGCAGUUGGUGUGGGGGCAGGGGCACCCUCCAACACAGCUCUUGUACAGAACAAAGUAUCGUUUGAUUUUUUUGUAAUUACGAAAGAACUGCUUGUAUUUAUGUAAUUUAUUUAUUUGAGUGAAGUAGAAAAGAAGUAAUUUAUCUUUGUACUAUACCUAGAUGCCAUAACAGUUCGUGUUAUUCAGUUUGCCACCUCUCAUAACCAGCUGAUAGUGAGCGUUGUUAAUCUGACACCUUCACUUGUCUGGCCAAAGUAAAUCGCUCGCAGACUAUAUAAAUAUAUAUAUAUAUAUAUAUAUAUAUAUAUAUAUAUAUAUAUAUAUAUAUAUAUAUAUAUAUACAUAUAUAUAUAUAUAUAUAUAUAUAUAUAUAUAUAUAUAUAUAUAUAUAUAUUAAAUACAUAUCUAUAUCCAGUUUUAUACAAAUCUUUAUUAACUUAUGUUUAUCAAUUGAUUUUGUGGCAAUGCUUAUAAUGGUUGCAGUUGAGGGAAGCAUUAAUAAGGGACUGCCGGCUGUUGGGGUCGGAGACGCUCAUGCUGGUCAAAUUAACCAAGGACCACUGAACCGGUCGCCAACUGUGCUUGAUAAGUCGACCCUACCUCCCCCAUCGCAACCAAGGAAGGUCCACCUCAAUUUGGCUCGUCAUGUUUGAAUGACUUGGCCUUAAGUCAUGUAAAUCUAUUUUCAAUCAUACUAGUGUGUUGGUUGUAAUUGAAUGUCAAUUAUACUUUACCCAUACAAGUUAUGACCUGGUCUAGUCUUCUGGGCAUGGUGAGGCAAACUGAGCAAUAUCAGUGUUAUGAUUGGGAGGGCUGGUCGACAGUCACAUGAAUUAGGAAAUAGCUCGCUUACACCCACCAACCAAAGAUGGAUUUGGUUCCGGCAAUGAGAAUAGAGAUUGCCUUACUUGUUUUUAGUUUUAUUUUAUGUGAAAGAUAGCUCAUCGGCUUUUAGGACCGAUGCUUUUUCUUAAAGAACUGUAGCUAAGGGCAGUUACUGAUAUUUUAUAUAUACUGUGUACAUAUGCUGCUGUGUAAGUACUUUCAACCAGUAUAUAUAGAUAUACUAGUGUUAUAUAAAAUAAUUGUCUUCUGCCAACAGCGUGUACCUAGAAUACAUAUGCCUUUAGUUGUGAGGGGUGAAAUUAUGCCCACCUAAUAACUGUAUGUGACGAGAUUGGCCAUCACAAGUCACCCAAGACGGCCGUAAGGUUUAAGCAUAAAUUUUUGUAAAAAUGGGGCUAAAAUCUGUCAAGUGUAUUACUCGAGAGAAUACGUCACUGCUCACUGAUUGGCCUGCACGUUAGUUUUCUCUACUUAAGUGUUCUUAAUUUAUAUAUAUAUAUAUAUAUAUAUAUAUAUAUAUAUAUAUAUAUAUAUAUAUAUAUAUAUAUAUAAUAUAUAUAUAUAUAUAUAUGAGCCAAGAUGUAAACUUUACAUACCGUCUUGAUGGGCUGAAGCUGCCAGUCGUAACGCAACUAAAGGCCCUCAGUGCCAGCGAGUUGGUCCCUUGUCUCUUAGGGAAAGAAUAAAAAGGUUGAGAAAGGUCACAAUGGCUGAAUAAUGGUAUAAAAAGUGCUUUAGUUUAUCCUAUUUGUCAUGUACAAUAAUGUUCUUAAGUAUUUUAUUUUUGUAUAGUUAAUUUAAACUAUUUUAUUUUUUUUGUUGACCUCACUCUUCCUUCUUGUAAAAGACACCUGUGACAGACGGGAAGGUUGCAUAGCCCCCUCAUGGUAUGCCCCGUUUAAAAAUACCUAAAUCUCUUUAAUAUCUCUCAAGCAUUUCUUUAAUCACUAACAAAUUAUUUUGCUUAAUUCCUCACAUUAUUUGAGAGGGUUUAUUGUCCAUCAUAAGAGAAUCCCCAAUUUAUACAGUGAAUUUUUGUCAGUCUUGACAAGUAAUUCCACGUACUGGUAUUGUUUGAAUCAGUGCUCAUUUUCUGUUGAUACAAGAUUAUUGACAGGAAAGUUACUUGCUGUGUGGUGAAGUAAUCAAGAAGUGUGUGGCCAGAUGGGCUUGUAAUAUUUAUGAGUCGCUGGUCAUCAUUCCAAAGUGUUCCUUACCUUUUAACACCUCCCGUCUACUCUGUCUAGUGUAUGUUAGCAUUAUUUAUAUUCUAGCCACUAUUUACUUUUCUAGUGCUUUCUAAAGUCUGUAAAAAGUAUUAUUAUUAAGUUUAUAUUACAUAUAUAUAUAUAUAUUUACAAAUUGUGAUCCGUGCAACUUUCCUGUCAUCAGGACAAGAGAGGAGGCAGAUUUUUAGGGGACUCGCCCCUCCCCUUGGACUGUGGGAGGAUCUUGGUCUCUGGAUGGGGUCUUAACCUCAGUCAUGGGGUGUUGUGACCUCUGCAGACUGAGGGGGUGACCUUAACUCUGCAGACUGAGAAGGGUAGAGAUCUUAACCUCUGCAGACUAAGGAGUCUUGGCCUCUGUACAGUGAAGGUCUUGACCUCUGUAGAUCGUGGGUUGUCUUCACCUCUGCAGAGGGGGGAUGGGGGAGAGAGACAAGUAAUACAGGUUCCUCUAGCCGUCUCCUUGAUAAUUGUUAACAAAAUUCCCAGAAUAUUACCUGAGUUACAUUGUACAUAGAGUAUAAGGUUUAAAUGCAGGGUUUGGCAUUGGCCAAAAAUAACUCCAUUUUAUGUGCAAAAAGUUUGUUUUAUUUCUGAUAAUACUACGAGUUACACAGCAGUGUGGGGAAAAUUUGCAUUGCUAUUUAUUUAUUUAGGGUAAUUUAAAAAAUACAAUUUUUGUUCUGAUGUGGCAACCUUUUAUGUUUGUUUUAAAUUUUUUUUUUAGCAGAUGCUUUCUGUUAGUCGUGAAUAUUUAUUAAUUUAAUUUUUGGGACUUGUAAGUUCACCUGGCAACAACUGUCUUACAUCCAUCAUGACGACAGAUGUGUGCAGCUGUAGUUUGGGUAAUCAUCAAUAGAUAUGAAAUAUUUACUUUAAUGCUGCUGUACCCACAGUUUAAACUAUUAAUUAUUACAAGUACAUGUACCAGAAGAAAACAUUAAAAACUUUUAUAAUUUUCUAAUGAA